CUCUCUCUGUUCCAGUCUCUCACUGUGACUUUGAAAAUUCUCUCUCUCUCUCUCUGAUUUUUUUUUUUUUGAGAUUAGGUUACUUUUUCUUUACUUCGAAAUCGAAGGCGGAACUUCUCAGGCUAAGUAAUACUGACGAGGAGGAGGACGAUGAUGAUAUCAGGGAGAGGAAUUAUAAUGGCAAAAGUGAUUCAAAUCCAUGGAAAUGUAAGGCCUGUUUCUGAGUAACUUUGAUUUCUCCACCUGAUAUGCAAGUUUUAGUGCAUUUGGGUCAGAUGGAUUGAAAAGAUCUAUGUGCUUGUUAUGAAACUAAAUUAGAAAUGGCGGUUGCGGGUGUGCAUAAUGUGACUGCGCUCGAAUCUACUUUCCUGAGGGAAUCCCUUUCUCAGUCACCUGGGAGGCAAGGAGAUGGAGGGAGGGGAGGCACACGGUCGUCUUCGGUCAUGCAAAUGUGGAGAGAGAUUGAGGAUGAGCAGGCAGUAAGACCAGUUCAAGGAAGACCUGGGGAGGUUUUACUUCAACAAACGAGUGAUGAGGUGGUUGUGGACUCCUCGCAGGAAAAUAUGCCAUAUAGCAACCAGAGAGAAGGACGUGUAAUAGAGGAUGCAGGUUUGGGAGAGAAUGAUUCUGAGACCUGGUCACAAAGUCAGAAUGAGUUCCAUGACGAACAAGAGGAAUUGAAUAAUUCUAGCCACGAAAACUCUGAUUUUGGAGAAGUUGAAAGGGAAAGAGUGAGGCAAAUAUUCAGGGAGUGGAUGAAUAGUGGUUCCAGGGAUCGUGCAUCAAAUAAUUCCCAAGGAAACAGAGGAGAAUGGCGCGGGGAAAAUGAGCAGGAAAGGGACGGGGAAACGGAUCAGGAACGAGUGUGUAUCAUAAGGGAGUGGGUGCAGACGAGUAGCCCACAGAGAGGUGCUUCUUCUGGGGAAAAUAGGGAAGAACAAUCUUCUGAAACUGGUACCCAAAUUGAAUGUGUUCGUGAUGGAUUUGUUAAUCAGAACGACGGUCAAGCUGAGCAUACACGGAGGGGAAUCCGUAAAUUAUGUGGCCGACAGGUGCUGCUUGAUAUGCUUAAGAAGGCCCAGAUGGAAAGACAAAGAGAAGUUCAGGAAUUAUUGGACCAUCGGGUUGUAUCCCAUUUCCCCCAUCGUAAUCGUAUUCAGGCCUUGCUUAGAGGCAGGUUCUUGAGAAAUGAUAGAUCGAUUGGUAAUAACAGGUCCACUUCCAUUGCAGAAAGUGAAUUAGGCUUAUUGAGACAGAAGCAGACUGUAUCAGGUCUAAGAGAAGGAUUCUUUUCCAGAAAGGACAGUUUUGGUUGCAGUCAAGCAACCAGUAACCUAUCUGAUACCUCUUCCGAGAGUGAUAUUGAUGUUAAUGCAAUUGAACAAACUGGAGCUAGCAGUUCACAAGCCGUCCCAACUGUACAUUCUGAACAAUCCCGGCCUAUUAACAAUGGAAGUGACGGACUUGAGAUACCAUGUGAUCAGAUUUGUUCACAAGGAACCCCUUGUGAGAAAUUAGACUGGCAAGGCUCUGCCGCUCAUAUAGAAAAAAAUGAUCGGGAAUCAUCUUCCAGUAUGAGAGUUGAAAGAGGAGAUGACACUGGACAAACUGUUGCUAUGAUGUCAGCUGAAGAUUCUUCUAAUGACCUUUCCCAACAAAGCUUGCAAAUUGAAGAUAUAGAGGAUGACAACAUACAAGAGUUAAGCGAGGUACCUACUGAGCAAUCUCAGUGGGGAGAUAUAACUAAUGACGAAAGCAAUUUAUCAAAUCAGGAUGAUCGUGUAUAUAGCAAUAUCGUUGGUGAUGUAGAUUUGAUUGAAUCUAUUGCUCUGGAAGUAGAACAUCAGGAAGAAGUUAUUAUUGAAAACGACAGAAGUGACUGGCAUCAAAGUGUGGAUGUUCAUCAGCUCAGUAAUACAACAAAUGAGUGGCCCCAAAACAUAAUGGGUAGCGAAGAUGGAGAAAAUUCUCGUAUGCAAGAGCAAGAAGCCCCUGAAGCGUGGCAAGAGGAUGGUGGCUUUCAAGAGGCUGUGGAAAUUUGGUUAGGAGGACCUUCUGAUAAUGAAGUAGCUCCAGUUGGUAGAAUUCAUGGGUUUUAUUUUCCCGAAGAUGACAAUGUGUAUAGCGUUGAACUCAGGGAAUUGCUAAGUAGGAGAAGUGUCUCAAACCUCCUUCGCAGCAGUUUUCGUGAAAGUCUUGACCAGUUGAUACAGUCGUAUGUUGAAAGGCAAGGUCACGCUCAUGUUGAAUGGGAACUGCAAGAAACAACCCCUUCUUCUCCCUUGGCAGAACAAGACUCUGGACAAGAAACUAGGGAUCCAGUUACUGGUCCUCAGGGUACUGUUAAUAGCUCACUUGACCACCGUCCCUUGCCACCAACACCUCCGCCUCAGCCUUUAUGGGAUCGGCACUCUCGCCAUGACAAUUGGUCACAGAGUGACAUAAAUAAUCAGCGCCUAGGAAUUGUGCGUUCAUUUGCGGGACAUAACUGCUUUUCUUUAGCUGAUGAGUGGGAUAUUGUUAAUGACUUAAGAAUUGACAUGGUUAGGCUACAGCAAAGGAUGAAUAAUAUGCAAAGAAUGCUGGAAGCCUGUAUGGAUAUGCAGCUUGAGUUACAACGCUCAAUAAGACAAGAAGUCUCUGCAGCCUUAAAUCGCUCAACUGGUUCAUCAGGAACACAUGACCGUGUUUCACCUGACGAUAAAUCUAAAUGGGAAUGUGUGAGGAAAGGAGUUUGUUGUAUAUGCUGUGAAAGCAAUAUUGAUUCUUUGUUGUACAGAUGUGGACAUAUGUGCACAUGUUCAAAAUGUGCAAAUGAUUUGCACCAAAGUAAAAGAAAGUGUCCAAUGUGUCAAGCACCAGUGGUGGAAGUGAUACGUGCUUAUUCUAUACAAUAGUUUUGACAUUAUAGGGUCACAUACAGAAUACAGGUCGUAACAGUUUCUUUCUCCUGGCGUUUCCAGGUACUUCUUUUUUAAUAAUUUUUUGUUCAUUCCGUGAUUACUGUAUUUAUGUGAGUGUACCAAUGAAAACCUGAUGGCUCUUCCGAUUGCCAUGAUUCUGAAAUGAAUAAAAGUAUUUUAUUUGAGAUUCC